GAAAUAGACCCUCCACCCCUUUUUGAUGCGCUCUUCAAACCCAUAGUUUCGCUAUUAUUUAACUAUUCAGAAAACACAAACUUAACAAAAAAAACUUUGGUUUUUUCCCCCAAAUUUUAUCCAUAAUUUUCAUUUCCCUUUCAUUUUCGAUUCUUCAACCCAGGAAACCCUAAUAUUUCUUCAUGAAUUUCUUCAAAUCAGUUUUCGCGGAUGAUCCGGAUCCUCCUAAACCCCAACUCGAAUCCGAUUCCCCCAAAGCCGAUUACUCCACUCCCGAUUCUUCUCCCAGAGUGCCCGAUUCCAACCCUAACCCUAGCGGAUGGAGCUUCGGCGGCCUGAUCCAAACGAUAGCAACCAGAUCCGAAUCCGUCAUCGAGACUUACCGUCGCGAUCUCGAAGAAUUCGGGUUGGGUCUGAAAAAAGAAAUCGAGGUAGCUCAGGGUUCAUUAGGGAACGUAGGGCAAGUCAUUGAUGAGUUCGGGAACACGGUUAUAAAGGGAACGACUCAGAUCAUCAAUCAGGGCAAGGAUGCAAUACUAGCUGCCGAUAACGAAUCCGAUUCCUCUUCCUCCGAGAGUAAGAUCACCCAACGGAGCUUGAACUCGAAACGGUACAGUCGAUUCGAUGCUCAAGUGAGGGCAAUUCAAGGGGAUAUUAAUACUUACAUCGAGGAGCCAGAGGAUUUGGAGGAUUACAAGAAGUGGAAAUCAGGGUUCGGUUUGGAAGAGAAAAAGGAAGAGAUUGAGAGAUUGAUGGAAGAGAAUGGGGAAAUGGGAAGUAUUUAUAAAAGGGUUGUUGGUGUUUCAAAUGGGGUUGAUCAUGAGACGUUUUGGUGUAGGUACUUUUAUAAGGUUUUCAAGCUUAAGCAAGCUGAGGAUAUGAGGGUUAAGCUUGUUAAUAGAGCGAUUUCUAGGGAAGAAGAGGAGGAACUGAGUUGGGAUGUUGAUGAAGAUGAGGAAGAGGAAGAGGUGGAUGAGAGAAAUACGGUGCCGAAGGCGAGUUUGAAGAAGCAAGAUGUGGAUAAGAAAGAAAAAGAUGAUACUGUGAAAGAUAAGGCAGAAAAAAGUGAUCUUUUGGAGAAAGAAACUGUGGGAGAGAAGGGUGAAAAAGAUGUUCUUUUGGAGAAUAAGGAUCAAGUUGUUGUUGAGAAGGCAAAUGAAAACAAUCCCGUUGAGAAAGUAAAGGGUAAUGUUGAUGAAUCAAGUAGUGGCAAUAUAGUAACUGAGAAAGUUAAUUUGGAGAAGAAUGAGGAGGUAUGCAAGGAUGAUUCAAUGGCGAAAUCUGUUGAGAAAGUAGCUUCUGAAGCUAAAGACGGAGAGAAUAAAGAGCCUAGCAAUGGCAAAGGUAAAGACAGUGACAUUUCAGUGGCGUCAAGCCAUCCAUCAAUGGUUGAGGAGGAGGAAGAGGAGGAUCUUGGGUGGGAUGAAAUUGAGGAUCUCAGCAGCAUUGAUGAUAAGAAAGAAACUCAUGGUGGGAGCCCGAGCUCCAAUAGGGAUGAGCUGAGGAAGAGACUAAGUACAGCUGAAGAAGAGGAGGAUUUAAGCUGGGAUAUUGAAGACGAUGACGAACCGAUUAAAGCUUGAUGAAAAGCGUUAAGUUUCAUCUGAAAUUGUUGAUGUUUAUUGCUCAUAAUUUGCUGCAUUGUUUCCUUUUUUUUCCCUUGUGUUCCUCAUAUUUGUCCCCUGGAUUCAUUUCUCGUUUGAAAUGCAAAAAUCUGUUAUUGUGUACCCUUUACACUUGAAAUGAAAUUGAAGCAUCUGUGUACAUAUUAAAA